AUGUCGUUUCUGCGCAUGCCAAUGUUUGAUUGUCAUUUGUUAGCUCAUUGUGUUCUUCAAAGUCGUGCCAAAGACAUUUUAAGUUGGGGUGAAAUGGCCAGCCAAAUACCAGAAGAGGUACAUAUCCGACAUUGUAUGCUUUUUGAGUUUCGUAAGGGCAGUAACGCAACAGUUGCUACCAAAAACAUUUGCGGUAGGUUUUCUAAGUUCAGAUCCGGUAAUUUUGAUCUUUCCGACUCGUAUCGAUCAGGAAGACCAACAACAUUAGACAAUGACAUGUUAAGAGCGGAAGUGGAACAAAUCCGUGUCAGACAAUCGAGGAAUUGUCAAGCACUCUCAACCAACCUUGGUCGACCAUCCAAGAACAUUUACAGCAGAUUGGUAAAGUAAGCAGAACAGGUGUUUGGGUCCCGCAUAAUCUGUCGGAAGAAAACAAAUCUAACCGAUCCACCACAUGCAACUUAUUGCUUCAACGGCACAAUACAAAAGCGUUUUUCGAUCGCUUGA